AUGAGGAAGCUGAGGCUGGAGGGCACACAGCAAGUCUCCUGCCCCCGGUCCAGGGGUCCUGCCCGUCACCAUCAGGGACUCUCAGGGAGCAGGGCGGGGGCACUGGAAGAUGAGGAGGGUGUGGGAGCCUGCUCAGGAGCACGCCUCCCACCUCAGGCCACAGACCUGCACCCGGCAGACAUCAACGGCAAAGCUGACCCCUACAUCGCCAUCCGGCUGGGCAAGACUGACAUCCGGGACAAGGAGAACUACAUCUCCAAGCAGCUCAACCCUGUCUUUGGGAAGUCCUUCGACAUCGAGGCGUCCUUCCCCAUGGAAUCCAUGCUGACAGUGUCCGUGUACGACUGGGACCUGGUCGGCACCGAUGACCUCAUUGGGGAAACCAAGAUUGACCUGGAGAAUCGCUUCUACAGCAAGCACCGCGCCACCUGCGGCAUCGCUCAGACCUACUCCAU